CACAUGGUCUCUCUUGGCAUGGUUUUGUUUGGUGACUCCAGGUGUCCCAACCUCCUGUGUCCAUUGUAAUACGUCCUGGGACCAUCUCCCCCAGGGCCUUCGACCUCUCCUUGCUGUCCUGGCUACUGAUGGAAGAUGUACCUCCAGCCUGUCCCAUUCCUCACUUCCUGCUGAGACCUGGCCCUGGCAUGGCCAGCUCUAUGUUCCUCAGACCCUCAGGCCACCUUCUCUCUUCUAGGCACUGCCGCUGGGCUCCUCCCCACCCCAUAGAUCCACAGCCCCCAGGUAGUCCUACAGCUGUGUCCACUCAUGCAGCCUGCACCCCCUUCCCCUAGUCGGCCACCCCAUCUGAGUAGUGAGGGGCCCCUGCCUGAUUGGCGACCCCCAGACGCAGACCCAGAUCACACAGCACACGGAUAAGAGGAGGGAUUCCCACCUUAAAAGAAAGGCAUGGGACCAAGCCCAGAUCCCACCACCCUCGGCCUCAAGGGCAGGCAUGACUAGAGGCCCUUGGUGGCCAGGACCCACUGCCUUCUUCACCAACCAGCUGGCAUGGCCUCUCAACAGUGUUCCCUCCUAACACACCUGUUCUCUCUCUUACACACCCUAAAGCCGCUUGCCAACCACCUGUCACACAGCCACUCCAUGCCUGUUGCUGCUUGGCACCCACUGGGGGCCAGGGAUGUGAACAAACCUCAUCUGAGCUGGCUGCCAGGUCCUAAUGGGCAGGUCCGGUCCGCCCUCUGGGAGAGGUGCUGUCCAGUGAGGCAUAAAAUCCCAGGAUUCUCGCUGGAGGCAGCUCCUGAGACUGCCGGCAUGAAGGGGAGCCGUGCCCUCCUGCUGGUGGCCCUCACCCUGUUCUGCAUCUGCCGGAUGGCCACAGGGGAGGACAACAAUGAGUUUUUCAUGGACUUCCUGCAAACACUACUGGUGGGGACCCCAGAGGAGCUCUAUGAGGGGACCUUGGGCAAGCACAAUGUCAAUGAAGAUGCCAAGGCAGCAAUGACUGAACUCAAGUCCUGCAUCGACAGCCUGCAGCCAAUGCACAAGGCGGAGCUGGUCAAGCUGCUGGUGCAAGUGCUGGGCAGUCAGGACGGUGCCUAAGUGGACCUCAGACAUGGCUCAGCCAUAGGACCUGCCACACAAGCAGCCAUGGACACGACGCCCACUACCACCUCCCACAUGGAAAUUUAUCCUCAAACCGUUUAAUCAAUAAAGGCUUCUGCAGCUCAGGCUCUGGUUCCUGUCUCUG